AUGAAUCCCGUGAAACUGCGAUUUUACACCGAGAGGUACGAAAAAGAGAAGAGGCACUUUCGUCUCCGGGAGGAGUUCGUGGCGAUUGCGCGCACGAAACCUCUAACCGGCAAGUUCUACGCGGGGCACGACGCGAUCCCGCCGUCGGAUAUUCGACAGGAGUACGUCGAUUUGAUCUCGAAACGGCUAAUCCUCACGCCGAAGGACGUUUACGCGUUCAAGCCCCCGACGGUGAAUAUGGAGUACGCGAUACAUAUACAUAUAUGCAUACUUAAUAAUCUCGAAUCAAGUAUUGUAUUAGCUGCUUUUUGUGCGCGUAUUGUUAUAAUUUACUACGUAGAAAGGGAAAAUGGAGUGAUGGCUGUGUAUUUUCUGCCCGCGCAAAUUGAAACCACGCAUAAAAAUACGGGUGUACACACGUACGGUUGGUUUUCGGAACCCCUAAUACUACCUCGGACGAACGAUCCGAGGUUACAGUUCGCCCGGAAACAGACGGAUUUCAUCGCUAACGAGCUUCAAAUACGGCACGUUCAGAGAAGCUUGCCGGCCGAAAAGUUUGUAGGAACGCCUUUCAAGUCGCGAUCGUCGAUGUGUGCCAAUUCCGUAUCCUGGCAACGAGCGAGCAACAACACUGAUCCGAGCAGCACACCGACAUGGUACACGUUUCACGCACCGUACCGCAGGCCGCUUCCCGAGGAUAGAAAAAAACACCCAGCACCGAACAUUGUGAUCGGUCCUCCCUUCACGAAUUUCCCCAAGUCCGUCGUCCGAGACGAGAAUGAUCUCGAGAUAAUAAGAGCAAAAAUCACGUGCCCCGGUGUAUGGCUGUGCCCUAACGGGAAAGUAGCGCUGCGCAUAACCAGCUUUGGCUCCACUCUCGAAUCUCACCGAGUAUCGCCGAUUUUUCCACUAUUAUUUCACAACGAGUUUAACUUUAAGAAAACGUUCACACGGCUGGCUGCUUUGACAGAGUUGCAACGGAAUCUGGAACGACAGCCCCUCUACGCGGAACUGAUACAAUGGCUCAGCCCGUGCAACCAGCCCGUUCUUUUGGCUACCUUUCACACCAGCUUGACGGAUCUCCUCUAUCCGGUGGCUCAGUGCAGACGAUUGCUGCCCGGUGUCGACGUCGAUCUGCUCAUGGAUCCCAGCAAAUAUUUCCCCGGUAUCAUAGCACCAAAGAUAGAAAUUUCCACGAACACUGUGAUAGAAGAGGUGAAAACUAUUUACGAUGAGAAUCUCGACGGACAGUACGUGGUCAAUCCAAAGACGAUCGACUCUAAGCAAAAGUGCCACGCUCACAGGAAACGUCCCGUCAAAGGUAUCAUCAGGCAACGAAAAGUUUGUCACAGUCGUGCCAAGACGAUACCUCAGAUUUGCAGCUCCACACGGUGCUGUAACGACGUAGAAUACUCGUAUCGAGAUGGACUCACCCGGACCAGCCCGAUGAAACACGAUAUUUGCAUUGACACCACCGACACCAUCAACAUGGAGCUCGAUCCAUCGAUAUCAAGAUAUCGCCGAGUCCCCUCCGUUUGUGGCAAUCUGCACAUCUUCGACAGCUGCCCCGUCUGCUUCAAGUACAAGUGUUAUUUUUCCAGCAAAUGCGACAAAUUGCUCGAGAACUCGACGAACGGUCGCGCUCGUCUGCAGAAAGACGACUCGAAACGACGGGCAGUCCUUGGGCAGCAAGUCGACCUUGUUGCCAACCAGAAAAAUCGGCGUGAAAGGGUGUAAGAUGGUCUUCAGAUCGGGCCAAAUGCAACAAGGGAAAUCGGUCACAUCGAUUAUCAGGACGAUGGCGCAUUUCCUGCUCUUGAUCACUUUCAACAGCCUG